GGAGGGGGAAUUUUGAAUUAUUUUACUCUUUAGUGAUUAAAAAUUAUUUAAUUUAAAAUAAUCAACUUAAAUUUCAAACAUGUGGCAAUUCUUAAACGCAAGUUCACGCCUAGAAAUUGGAAUUCUAAAAUCCACGAAACAAAUAUUUCUGAAAUCGAGUUACCGUCCCUGACUGUAUGUGGUUCAAGGAUAGUAUAUGUAUAACAACAAAGACUAAAACAUUAUGUUAAUAUGCAAUGUUUUUCAUUACAAGGAAAAUACAUAAUGCACAUAUGAAGUAAAAAUAAAUUUAAUAACACAACAUUCGAGUGGUGAGGUUGCAGUUCACAAGUUAUCUCACAAUGGAGUUUGGAUUUAUAGAAGAAUUCAAAUUUUUGACUCAAGAACGUUUAAACAUAUUCUGUGAUAUAUCCUUGUGUCGUAUUUGUUUAGAAAAAGUUGAUCCCACCAGGAAAACCUAUGAUAUAUUUGCAGAGGGUGAUGUCACCACAUCCAAUAUGAUUAUGUCUUGUGCUUCUGUCCAGAUUUCAGAAUCUGAUGGACUACCCACAAUAAUUUGCCAUGAUUGUCUUCAAAAAUUGAACAUUGCUUGGCAAUUCAAAAUGCUCUGUGAGAACUCUGAUGCUAAGCUGAGAGAAGCUUACCUGGGGGCAACUUUUACAAAUAUUGACAUGUCACAACAUGAUGACUUGUCUCCCUCCAGUGAAAUGUGUGUAAUCAAAAACACAUGCAAUGAAAGUGAUUAUAUUUCAAAAACUAACAACUUUAACAAUACCUUUAAUUCAGAAACUGAUAAAUUAGAUGUAAAUUCAAAAAAGAAUACAAACAGUCUUAAUGAGAGUGAUAAGAAAAAGAAGGUUCAUCAGUGUGAAACUUGUGGCAAAGUAUUUAAUAGGAGAGAAUAUUUGACACAGCAUUUGAGAAUACACACAGGAGAAAAACCAUAUUGUUGCCAUUUAUGUGACAAAAGGUUUAUAAAUUCUGGACACUUAUUAACUCAUCUGAGAAAACACACAGGUGAAAAGCCACAUCAGUGUUCUUUAUGUCGAAAAUCCUUUACCACAAAACAAGAAUUAACUAAACACACCAUGGUUCAUAAUGGGGAGAAGCCAUACAUUUGUACCAGCUGUGGCAAGCAGUUUGUCAGUUCAAGUAAUCUGUACACACAUAUGAAGCAUCACACAGGAGAGAAGAAGUUCAUUUGUGAACACUGCUCAAAACGUUUUUAUACCAAACAAGAAUUGAAACAACAUCAAGUAACGCACACUGGAGAAAAGGCAUUUGUAUGCGAGUAUUGCAAAAAACGUUUCUCCCAAAUUGCACAUUUGAGGAGGCAUAUUAAAUUGCAUUCCAAGACAGAAAAUGCAGGUUAAGGAUACUGUUAUAUGAUUAAAAGUUUUUAGAAAGGGUUUUUGAAGAGAUUUAGCGGACCAAUUGAAUCAAAAUUAUGUAUUUACCUAUGGUAAUUAUAAAAAAUUGUAUACAUUUUUAUCAAAAACAGGACAAAAUCAAUAGUAUACUCUCAUUUUACAUAGUAAUGGGCGAGACAAUCGAAUGUACCGUAAUCGGUACAGAUUAAUAAUCGAGUCAACCAUCGACUUGUAAUCAGACUUAGCAAUCUGGAUAUUUUUCGAUUUCGAGUGAAAACCAUCGAGAACAAUCGAAAUAAUCGAAAUCGCCUAUCACUAAUUUUACAUAGUGAGCUUCACGAUAUUCCGUAGAAGUUAAUAAUUAACAGUAAUCACUUCAUUAGUAAGAGUAACAUUAAAAAUACUUUGAAAUAUUUUAACAAUAUUCAUAGUAUUCAGUGAUGGGCAGUGCAUCAAUACAAAGGGUUAGACAAAAACGGAAGACUUCAUUAAUCACUUAAAGUAACUGUGAAUAGUAACUCGGAGAACCCAAUGAAAUAUUCCUUUGAUGUACAGUCGAUUGCAAAAUGGCAUUACCACUUUGCAAACAAAAUCCUAUGUGACCACUCCAUCCAGUACACCAAAAAAAUAAAAAUGAGAUGAUUACUAAUUGCGAUAUUUAAAUGAGGGAGUCAUCGAAAAUUUGAAAAAUAUGUUUAAAAUUAGAUUUGUCGAACGAAAUA